AUGAGGAGCAGCAGCAGCAGCACCGCCGGCUCGGCGGCCGGGAGGAGGCGGAGGGACGUCACCGGCGACAGCAGCGACGACCUCUCCCGCUACUCCGUCGCCACCACCACGGCCUCGUCCGCACCCUCCGGCCGGUCGUCCGCAAGCGGCAGCGGCCGCGCUGCAGCCAUCCUCGACGCCUUCCGCUCCUGCUUCGCCCCCGCGGAUGCGCGCCUGCCGGAGACCUCCUUCUCCGACGACUUCGUCUCCGACCCCUCCCAACAACUCUCACAGUCGGCGAGCUCUCGCGGUACUACCAGCGGAAGCACUUUAGCGAGCAAGAGGUCGGCUAGAGGAUUGUAUGGCCCCGUCAGGAAUUCUUCAGAAAGGGAGAUACCUGGUGAUAGACAGUUUUCGCUGCCAGAGAUCCAGAAAGCAACAAAGAACUUCUCACCGAACCUGAAGAUUGGGCAGGGUGGUUCCGGGACAGUAUACAAGGGUCAGCUCAGCGAUGGCACUCUCGUUGCCGUCAAACGGGCCAAGAAGAAUGUGUAUGACAAGCAUAUGGGUCAUGAGUUCCGGAACGAAAUUGAGACACUGCGGUGCAUUGAACACCUGAAUUUGGUAAGGUUUCAUGGGUUCCUUGAGUAUGGUGGUGAGCAGUUGAUCAUCGUGGAAUAUGUUCCCAAUGGCAAUCUUCGAGAACACCUUGAAGGUAUGCAUGGAAAAUUUCUGGAGUUCUGUGUCAGAUUGGAAAUUGCAAUUGAUGUGGCUCACGCUAUUACAUAUCUCCACACCUACUCUGAUCAGCCUGUCAUCCACAGGGACAUCAAAUCCUCGAACAUUCUUCUCACGAAUAAUUUCCGUGCCAAGGUUGCCGACUUUGGAUUUGCCAAACUGGCCCCAAAUGAUGUUACCCAUGUCUCUACUCAAGUCAAAGGAACAGCAGGUUAUCUUGACCCAGAGUAUCUUAGCACAUACCAGCUCACUGCAAAAAGUGACGUCUACUCCUUCGGAGUAGUGCUAGUGGAGUUGGUUACUGGGAGGCGCCCGAUAGAGCCAAAGAGGCAUAUCACUGAGCGUGUCACCCCAAAAUGGGCCAUGGAAAAAUUCGCGAAAGGUGAUGCGAUAUUAACACUGGAUCCAACUCUGGAAGCGACCGACGCGACCAACCUGGCAGUCGAGAAGAUGUACGAGCUCGCUCUGCAGUGCUUAGCUCGCAAGAAGAAGAACCGGCCGAGCAUGAGGCGAUGCGCAGAGAUCCUGUGGACUAUACGUAAAGAUUACAGGGAGUUGUCUCAGGCUGAACCAACCACCUCCUGAACUGAGACAGCUCAUAUGGAGCAAUCAAGAAAACUGAAAGCAACAUUUCAGUUUGCUUAUCUCCAGUUCAAGUCAAAAGCAUGGAGGCAUGGAUCACCAGAUCGCUGAGCGAUGAAUCUAUUCCUUGACUUACGGUCUGUGAAGCUGUCAACGAGACGACUGGACUUCCUAGAAAUUGUGUGCCUAUUAGAUAGCAGCUAGGAAGAGUUACAUAGAAGUUCUCCUAUGUAUCGGGCCGGGUCGUAUAUAUUAUGUAAGUUUUCUACUUUUCUUACAUCACUAGAUGGUUGAAUAGCGAUGAUUUCUGAGGAGAGUAUUCCCUGUGGACAAAAUGCGUUCUCUGUAUAUGAUUGCGAAAAAAAAUCAAUGACGGUGUUGUCUUUUUUUU